AUGGGCGGCUCUGGACGCAAGUCCCUGAGUUUUUCCACCAUGACCCAGGGAUACAGGUUGCAAUUUCUGUGCAGUCCUCCUCUGGCAAAUUCAGCUCCUCGGGCUACAUUGGUGGACCCGAAGCACAGGGAAGUGCUGCGGGCGGGGGUGACAUCACUCCUGUCCAAGGGAGCCAUAAGAGAGGUGGAACAGGGCGACCGGCAAGCUGGGUUUUACUCCCAUUAUUUCCUUGUCCCCAAACGGGACGGAGGGACUCCGACCAAUCCCGGUCCUCAGGGGGCUCAGCAAGUAUCUCCGUCCCCUGAGAUGCAAGAUGCUGACAGUUCAGAGGAUGGGAGUGAAAUCAUCUACGGGAAAAAAGUUGAGGAGGGAUCGAUGCAGUAUAUGGCCUCGCUGCAGAACAACAAUAAAGAACAUGUAUGUGGAGGAUUCCUCAUCAGGGAAGACGUUGUGGUCACUGCUGCGCACUGUGAUGAUGCGGGAUUUACAUCUGUUGUUCUUGGCACCCACGAUCUCAAGAAAAAAGAAGAAGAAAUAAGAAGAGAUAUUGAACGGAGAUACAAACACAAAGGUUAUCUGGGUGUAGCUUAUGGUAAUGACAUCAUGCUCCUCAAACUGUCUCAGGGGGCUGGACCGGACAACAGAGUGGAAACAAUUCAACUUCCCACCUCUGAAAUGAACACAAACUCAAAGGAAACCUGCAGUGUAGCUGGAUGGGGUAGAACUGAACGUGGAGCUGUUGAUGAUCUGAGAGUGGUGAAUUUGUCUAUCAUUAAACUACAAGUCUGUAAGGAGCAAUGGCUUCGUGUGCAUCAUAAUCUUCCUGCCAACGUAAUCUGUGCAGGUGGAUACGAAACAGACAAAGGAUUCUGUCAGGGUGAUUCUGGUGGUCCUCUGGUGUGCAACGGGAAGGCUGUUGGUGUUGUCUCUUACAACCGUAGAGAAAACUGUAACUACCCAGAUGUACCCAACGUCUACUUGGAUCUAUAUAAAUACCUUCCCUGGAUCAAGAGCAUCCUCGGAGACAUGAAACAUUAUGAGUCAAAAUCUUGCACAAAGUUUUGCUUCAGCAUACAUUCAUUGUAA